AUGCGACUAAGGAAGUUCAAGGCGGGUAUCCCAUUCUGGAAACGUCUCGUGAACUUUGGAAGCUGGGGAACUCAAUUGCUUGCUAGCAAUAUUGCAUUAACUUCAGCAAGUGCAUUGACUUUACGGUCUAUUGCCACAAAGCUUGAAGACCUGUGUGCAACUCUUGUGACCUUUCAGGGCAACGCCGAACAUUUUCAAGCUGAAAUCAUAGGCAAUCAUAUGGCUUCUCGGGAGCUAGCAAUCGAAGACAAAUUUCGGGCAAUGAGCCAGGUGAUCGGUCGUUUCAGUCAGCUCACCAAGACAGCUGCUUACAAGUCUAAACCAACUUGGAUCAAUCUGCCUACCAUUGAAGGUGGACAGCCAUUCACUGUUUAA